UAUAAAGCGGGCAGCGGUUUGGUUCUGAGUUGAAUUAAGUGUUUGUAAGUUUCCCAGCCUGGGUGCAGGAGGCGAUUUAAACUCUCACGUGUCGACAUGGCAUCGGAGGAGCUGGCCAAGAAGCUGCAACGCCGGCUGAUGCUGCAAAUGUCAACGGACAAUGCCAACGGUGAUACACUAGACAAUAAUAUUCAUCUGGGAGACGCGGAGGAAAAGCCAGUCACAUGCAGUGCAGACACUGAGCUGUCCGCUAAACUGACCCGGAGACUGGGGAUCAAUGAAGGCAUCACAGAGCCCAAACAGACCAAGGUGUUUAACCCUUACACUGAGUUCAAGGAAUUCACCAGGAAACAGAUUAAAGACAUGGAGAAAAUGUUCAAACAUUACGACUCUGGAAAGGAUGGCUUCAUCGACCUGAUGGAACUAAAGUUAAUGAUGGAGAAACUCGGAGCUCCUCAGACCCACCUUGGCCUGAAAAACAUGAUCAAGGAAGUAGAUGAGGAUUUCGAUGGGAAGCUGAACUUCAGAGAGUUCCUUCUGAUUUUCCAUAAAGCAGCGGCAGGUGAACUGGAAGAAGACAGUGGCUUGAUGGCUCUAGCCAGGCUCUCGGAGAUCGAUGUCUCCACUGAGGGUGUUCAAGGUGCCAAGCACUUCUUUGAGGCAAAGGUUCAGGCACUGACCAGUGGCAGCAAAUUUGAAGCUGAAAUCAAAGCCGAGCAACAGCAACGCAAGCGUUCAGAAGAAGACAAAAAGCAGCGAAGAGCGGCAUUCAAAGAACUGAAAUCUGCAUUUCAGUAACAGCAUCUGUUCUGUACAGUACAACUACUUGUAAAGAUUUAGAAAGUAUAGAAUGAAAUCCUAACAGUUGGAUAACUAAAACUUGCACUAAGUGACUAUUUUUGGUGCCAUUCUAUUUUAAUUUAAUCUAAAAUCUAGCUUUUUUUUAAAAGCUGUCUAACUGACUUGACACUGUAUACACGCCUCUAAAUGGCACAUGCUAUCAGCAUGAUGAAAACUACAAAUUCUGGUUUAGUGUAGUCUGCUUGUCUGUUAAGAGGUUGUUGCAGUUGCCUUUUCUGCCUCUCUCCACCGUUAAAAUUAACGGCUCAGGGCUGUGCUUUUUGUAGAAUUAAACGCAUCUUAGAUAUGCUGCACUAAAUUGUACUAUUUGAAAUAUUUUUGAAUUUUAUCUUUUGUAGCUCUUUUUAUAUGCCGCUCAUUUGGGAACAACUUUAGACUGUUGAUGCGGAGGUUUACUUUCCUCAGUGGUAUCUGUGGAAACUGCUUGUGCUCUAAGCAAAUACUUCAUCCAAAAAUCUAAUAUUUUAACAAACUAAUCUGCAAAACAUGUUUAUAUGCUUAAUAUAGUGUGGUCAUUCCAAAAAAAUGUUAAUAUUGUAUCAAUAUUGAAUGAAAUCCUGCUGCAACUGAACAUUUAAACUUUGUUAGUGUACAUGUAGGUUUCAAAAUGUUACGUUUUUCAGAAUGAUUAAAUGUAUAGAAUGUCAACUCAACAAACAAUGUGAGCAUUGUGGAAUAUGUGAACUCUGCAAACUUAUUGAUUGCACAGUGACUUUCCAGUAUGCUGUUAGGGUUUUAGUCUGGUUAGUAACCAAGACAGGCUUCCAAUCAGUGUAAACUUGAGUACAUCAAGAGUCACUCCUUUUAAGGAAUAGUGGCUAUUCUGGGUAUUCCUAGUCUGCCCCCACGACCUCUCUUAAUUGUAUGCAAAACUUGCCAACCAUAUCAUUACCAUCAAGUUGCAAUGCAACUUCUGUCAACUAGAAGAUGUCCUGUGUAAAUAUGAGACUGUUGCAACUCUACCUGUGACUAUUGUACAAUGAGAAACUGCUAAUGACUAGACUAGACAUUUUGGUGCUGGACAGGAAUGUUUUUGUGCAGUUACAGAUUAACUCAUGGAUGUCCAAAAAGCGCAAUAAAAAAACGAAUUAAAAUGCCAGAAACAAAACCUUUCAGUUAUAUUCCUAAAUCAUGUAUUAGCUGACGUGGGUUACAAAUGAGUUCCUCCACUGCGGCAAUCAAUUUGUUCAACCUUUAAUUGGACACAAAAUGCUGGAGUAACUCAACGGGUCAGGCAGCAUUUCUGGGGAAAAGGAAUGGGUGACGUUUCAGCUCGAAACUCUUCUACAGACUGAAGACUGGUCUAAAUCUGAAACGUCACCUGUUCCUUUUUGCCCCAGAGAUGCUGCCUGUCCCACUGAGCUACUCCAGCAUUUUAUGUCCAUCUUCAGUGUAAAUCAACAUCUGUAUUUUCUUCCUACACAUCUUGUUAAACCUUUAGCCUUACCAAGAUGCCUUCAGCAAGUGUGUUAUCCUGGAAACUUACAUGUUCUGGUCCUUCGAUGGCAUAUGAAGCAGACAAGCAGUAAACAACAAAAAUUGCACACCUCCCAAGAUUCAAUUUACCAGUUCAAAGGAUGUUUCUCCUUAAACCUUUAUUGUGGUGAUGUUAGGGAAAGUAUGUAGAAGAGAUAGGGAGAAGACUGACUUUGUUUCACUAGGGUUUAAGGUGACUUUGUUUUUUGCCACACAGAUUUCUUUAGGACUGGAAGCACAAUUAUGUGUAUGAGCCUACACCAGCACCUGGAUGAAAUAAAUUAACAUGAUGGUUGUGCAAAAUGGGAACAUAUCUGGGGACGGUAAAGGUGACUGCAAGCUUUUGAUAAUAGUUAAAAUAAAAUGUUAAUAAAUUCCUCAGGGGAUGCGAAAUUCCAUCUUGCAAACGCUUAGCUGUGAAAUUUGACUUUUUUAUUUUUUGAAUUGCUUGGUUUAGUGGGUUUGUAUUUUAAAGGAUUAUUCCUUCCUACCCAUCUGCAGUAUUUCUUCCUCCCCAGGCGAAUGACAUUUGACUUGUACGUAUCUACAAGUGGAUUUUGGAGGAGCCUUUCUGCUUUUGUGUUACUCAUCUUGCUCCAAAGUUUGCAAGGAAUGGGCAUUUGAUGGGUGGGGGAAGAUGUGAACUGUCCAAGUAUCCAACUGGUUCCUCAAUGGGAUGAGAACUGAGCAGGGCAGGGUUUAAGUAAGGGGGGGGGAAAGGACGAGCAUGUAUAUUUUUAAGUUGGGUCUACAAAGUUAGAAAUAUUAAAGAUGCUGUAUUGAAAUGUUGCUGUUGAAUUUAUCAGAAAUUAAACACAUUUUGAUGAUGUAAAAUUACUUUGGGGAAAGAUCUAUACUUCCAGUCUGAGCUGUAGAAAUUCAACCUCUUGUUUUGUGUCACAGACAAAGUAAUCACAUUCUCAUCACUUCUGAAAUUCUCAUUAUCCUCAAUCAAAUUGCUUCAAGUGAAGUUCAAUGUGACUGUUACCUCAUGCAUUCAAUGCAUACAGUAUUACAUUGCAGAUAUAACUCAUAAUAGAGGAUGAUCUUCUGCAUUUCUAACUCUUUAACAUUGUAUUCUAAUAUACCACUGUUUGUGCUAUUUAAAAUAUAUAUUUUUGAUGUAAUAAAAUAAACACUAAUGU